AUGAACACCAAUCCAUUUGUAAGCAGUAAUGUGUGUACCCACAACGACGAGGACGGGGCCGUGUCUCCCUUCAUUGGACCCCGUGGAGACGGCGGGUCCCAUCGUCAUGUGCCGUCCGGCAUCAGUCAAGCGCAGAGUGUUUUUGUGGAAGAAGUGGAGAUGAAUACAAGUGACUCCCGAAGCGGGGACACUGCACCGCAGGAGGUGCAGCCAAGGGUAGAUCUUGUCAGUUCCUCCUCUACAAACGGACCUCGAGAGGGAAGUACAGACGAAAUUCCUCCCCCAAACAAGGAAGACAUCACCGCCCUAUUAGCCGAUAUGUAUGCUACACGUACCGAGAGAAAUCCUAGUUGCCUCCAACAACUGAGUGCGACUCUUCAACGCGUCUUACUGCUCAAACUUCGUCGUCCUUGUGGAACAAUUUCUGAAUUUGUUGUUCCAGUUCUAUUCAUUGUUGGCACCUUUAUUCUGUGGAAGAUUAUUGGUGGUGGACUCCAUCCCCAAGUUAACUAUUAUAACUCAACGGAUUUCUUGCAAUCUAUGGCAACGCAAACGUUUAUAGGGAAAUCAGUAUGUUAUAAUGAUACCAUAGCUGAUACUCCCAUUGAAGGCAUUCAAAGUUGUAGUAUAUUGGAUCCAAACUACACUAUUAUAUGUGCUCAACCCGGUGGC